UCAGCCCAUCCGGUUACCAUGGAAACGCCCGGGCCCGCCACGUACACAAUGGGACGUCGCCUGGCUGCGCGUACGCGCACGGAGGUCUCAGCCAACUACACUUCCCAGAAAGCACGCGGCCAAGCCUCUCCGAAUCUGCCGUCCGGGCGGGCGAUGAAGGAGGUGCCCCUUUCGAGGCAGAAGGUUGCCAUGGAGACGUAGGUUGCCGGCGCCCUAGCGAGGACGGUGAUUGGUGCAGAACCCUGCUAAUCCCAGGAACACCCGUAAAGAAUUGAGGAAAACGUGGUGGGGGGCAUGCGCGGUUGGGAAGGCGGUGCUGCUGUUCGAAGCCCCCAGAGAAGCUUACGCACGUCGACGGGGCAUGGACGCCUGGAUCUGAGGCGGGGAGCGCGGAAGAGGCGGCCGGGCGUGUGAUCUGAUCGUUGCGAAUGCUACACCGGGGAACAGGGGAGGAGGGUGGAAAACGAGGCGAGGGUGGGGGAAGAGCCAGGUGGCACUCGGGCUGAAUGCGCGGAGCAUUCUGGGAGACCUAGUCCGUCCGGGGAGGGGGAAGCCGGCGAUUGCGCAUGCUUAGGAGCGCGGAGCGGCCCGCUGAGCUUGGAGGGGAAGACACUGUCCUCGGAGCCCCCAGCCCAGUCUUUACAAUGAGGCCUGCAGCACUAGGCUCCCCAGGUCACACAUCCUUGGAAGAUGAGCGACCCGUCAUGGUGAAGCUGGAGGACUCAGAUGAGGAGGGUGACGCUGCCCUGUGGGAUCCGGGCCCAGAGACUGCACGCCAGCGUUUUCGACACUUCCACUAUGAAGAGGCAGUGGGUCCCCAAGAGGCCCUGGCCCAGCUCCGGGAGCUAUGCCGCCAGUGGCUGCAGCCAGAGGUUCACUCCAAAGAGCAGAUGCUGGAGCUCCUGGUCCUAGAGCAGUUCCUGGGUGCACUGCCCCCUGAGAUCCAGGCCCGCGUGGAGGGACAGCGACCAGGCAGCCCUGAGGAAGCAGCCGCCCUGGUCGAGGGGCUUCGCCAGGAGCCAGGAGGGCCCCGAAGAUGGGUCACAGUCCAAGUACAGGGUCAGGAGGUGCUAUCAGAGAAGAUGGAACCCUCCAACUUCCAGCCCCUCCAUCAAACCAAGCCACGGACUCCAGAACGUGGACCCGGGACACCAUCUGAAGCCACACACAAGUCACCGCUGGGCCUUCAGGUGAAAGAGGAGCCCAUGGUUACAGAGGACCCAGGUGAGGGCACGCAAGAGCUUCUGGAUUCUGGGCCUCUAGCCAAUCCCCAGGAAGCCACUUCCACUCUCCUGCCUAAAGAGGCCCAGGAUUGUGAGACAGUGCUGGACCAGGCCUCUCCCCACAGCGAGACUGGGCUUGAGGGGCCUUCGUGGAGGGAGCAUCCUGGGGCCCCGUGGCAGGAGGAAGCUGGGGGCAUCUUUCCUCCAGGGUUUGCACUCCGGAUGGAAAGUGUCUCUGCUGGCCCAGGCACUGUGAGCCCCCACCUCCAUAUCCCCUGGGACCUCCGCAUGGUUGGCCUCACGGACCAACUCCGGUCACCCUCCCAUGAAAGUGGCUUCUCACGUGCGCUCCUGCUCCCCAGUGGCCCAGGAGGUGAGCAGAACCCCACGAAUGAGGGUUCCUGCCAGCUUAUGAGCCCUAUGCUAGGCACAGCCCGCUGGCGUGCUCCCAGGGGCCGGGGCCGGGGCCGGCCCAGCACAGACCCCGGGGCAGGGAGAGGUGGCCACUGUGACGUGUGCGGGAAGGUGUUCAGCCAACGCAGUAACCUACUGAGGCACCAGAAAAUACACACGGGAGAGCGGCCAUUCGUGUGCAACGAGUGUGGCCGGAGCUUCAGCCGAAGUUCGCACCUUCUGCGCCAUCAACUCACACACACUGAGGAGCGGCCAUUUGUGUGCAGCGACUGCGGCCAGGGCUUCGUGCGCAGCACCCGCCUGGAGGAGCACCGGCGUGUGCACACAGGCGAGCAGCCUUUCCGCUGUGCUGAGUGCGGCCAGAGCUUCCGACAGCGCUCCAACCUGUUGCAGCACCAGCGCAUCCACGGCGACCCCCCCGGCCCUGGCGGUGCACCCGCUGCCCCUCCCGGUGCGCCUGAGCCCCCAGGGCCUUUCCCCUGCAGCGAGUGCCGCGAGAGCUUCGCGCGGCGCGCUGUGCUACUAGAACACCAGGCAGUGCACACAGGUGACAAAUCCUUUGGCUGCGUGGAGUGUGGUGAGCGCUUCGGUCGCCGCUCAGUGCUGCUGCAGCACCGGCGAGUACACAGUGGUGAGCGGCCCUUCGCCUGCGCCGAGUGCGGCCAGAGCUUCCGACAACGUUCCAACCUUACACAACACCGCCGUAUCCACACCGGCGAGCGGCCUUUCGCCUGCGCCGAGUGUGGCAAGGCGUUCCGCCAGCGGCCCACGCUCACACAGCACCUGCGCGUGCACACAGGCGAGAAACCCUUUGCCUGCCCCGAGUGUGGCCAGCGCUUCAGCCAGCGUCUGAAGCUCACGCGCCACCAGCGGACGCACACCGGGGAGAAACCCUACCACUGUAGUGAGUGCGGCCUGGGCUUCACGCAGGUUUCCCGGCUCACCGAGCACCAGCGCAUCCACACGGGUGAGCGGCCCUUUGCCUGUCCUGAUUGCGGCCAGAGCUUCCGGCAGCACGCCAAUCUCACACAACACCGGCGCAUCCACACAGGCGAGCGGCCCUACGUGUGCCCGGAGUGCGGCAAGGCAUUCCGCCAGAGGCCCACGCUCACACAGCACCUGCGUACCCACCGGCGUGAGAAGCCCUUUGCCUGCCAGGACUGUGGCCGCCGCUUCCACCAGAGCACUAAGCUUAUCCAGCACCAGCGCAUCCACAGUGCCGAGUAACCAGCGCUCACGGUACCCUUCCUCUGCGUCCCUCUCUUUUGGCCUUUUGUUGGGGGGAGGAGUGUGUGCGUGUGCACGCACGCCCACGCAGAACACUUACCUCACAGGGUUGUUGUGAGGGCUGUGAUCAAGCUUAGGUACAGGCAGGUCCACCCAGGACCUGGAUCCCCAGUAGGUGCUCAAUAAACAACAGACAGAACCUGGGUCUGGUAUCCACCCACUCAAUGCCUCCCCAGUAGUUGGGCGGGUCCCUCCAUCCACCCCACCCAUCUACUACUUCUGCAACCACGCAGUCUCUGUGAGAGCCAUGGCCCCCUGCAGGGGUGACUCCUAACAGCAUCUUGUGGGUGCUGCCUUGUACCAUGCCUACUGUACUAUUUGUCUGUGAUGCCUUCAACCUGAACAACCUUGGGUCAGGUCAACUACCAAGUGAGGACUGGCCCAGUUUUCCCCAGCCAGCCAAGAUCAUCAGGUGCAACAGAAGUAGCAAACUGGUGUCCAGCAGGCCAGAGCUAGGGAUAUGUUUGUAAAACUUUAAACCAAGGAAGCCAUUUCUUAGGCAUAAAAGCUGGAAGGUUUUAUCUAGAAAUCUAGAUUCUUUCAUGCAUGUUAACUACCAGCAGGUGCUCAGGUUAGGUUCCCUUUAGGAUAGAACCCCAGCCAGUCUGGAAAUUGAAGUCACCUAGCCCCAGGCCACUUCCCCAGCCCUCUAGUAAUCAUUCACAUUCCAUGGGCCACAGUCUCCACCAACCCUGGCCAGGUCCACAACCCCCAAAGGCUACCCCACACUGGAUGGUCUCUAUGAGGAAUGUGUUCAGUGGCAAGCCAUAGGAAACACAGCCAGCAGCAGCUUACAUGAAAAUACAGUUGCUGCCAUUACGGGUUCAACGUCCUGCAGAUUGUAGGCUGGCAUCUCUGGAACCCUCUACUUUUCCUCUUGCCCUAGUUAUCUGCCCCCUCCAUCUGAUUGUAGGCCCUUGACCUAGCACCCCUGCCCCCCAAACGGUGGGUAUACUGGGCGCCAAAAACAGAAUGAAAAGCAGUGCCAAAUAAAGAAUAUUCAUGCAUCA